AGGAAAUUGAUAUUUCAAGCAGCAGCUCAAUACGUUUAUGACACGUUGAAUAGCUCGAGCAUAGCAAUGUCGAAUUUGAUUGGGCCAGUUGAGCAAAUGGCUUUGGCAAAUCAUCCUGUUAAGGGAUUGUACUUCACACUGGUCGGCGGUCCAGAGAGUCUAGCAAUAACGAUCAUGAGCUAUGUGGGCAAGCUGAGGAUCACCAUCCGAAUGGAAAAAGGCUUCAUAGAUCCACCAAAAUUAAAUUCAUGUAUAGAGAAUGCCUUCGACAUGAUAUUUAAAGCCGCCGUCGACAAUACCCCACCAUCAAAUACAUAAGAAGUUUGAUGCAAUGAAACUUGCGGUAC